CUGCUGCGCGCGAGAUCAAUCGCGUACACGCAGUCGUUCCAGCGGCUCCUCGACUCUCGCGCGCGCGCUUUUUUUUCAAAACGCAAGCUCCGUCUACCGGAAUUAUUACGCGGAUGCGUAUGAGCUUUGAUGUCUUUGUGCUGUCGUCGGUGCUGCUGCUGCUGCUGCUGUGCUUGAGACGAGGGAGAGUUUUUUCUUCGUUUAUUUGCUCGGCUUAAUUGGAAGUGCGGGUAUUCGAGGGUUAAGGCUUGGACGAGAAGAGGAGAGAAGUUUUUAGGCGGUGAUGGAUUUAAUCGGAGUGUUGUUUAUCGAGUGAUGGUGUCGAGAGUGUCUUAUUGCAAAUAAUCGUCGCAUUUUCUCGUAUAUAACAUCUAUAAAAACCGGCGAGAUAGUGUCCUGCGAUAAUAACCCAGAAUAUGCAGAUCACCGAGGACAGAUUAAAUCAUAUCGAUCCGCAGAUGAGUCGCGCCGAUAAUUCCAAAUCACUCACGUCUAUCGGAGCCUGUUAAUCCUCGGAAGAAAGUGUCUCUAGAUAUGACAAUCAGUGCCGCGCGCAUAUAAUGAAUCACGAGCCAUUAUCGAUUCUCCCCGCGAUCGAGGUCGCCGCAACGAUGAGCGAAGGCAACGACAACAACAGCAGCAUCGGCAACAUCUUCUCCGAAGCACUUAUAUAGACGGAUAGAGAGAGUGAGAGAGGGGGGGGGGGGACGGCGCAAUUAUAAGUUUUAAUUGAUAGUCAGUUAAUGGUUUGUGGCAGUGAUGCCCUCGUCGGAGGAGGAAAGCCUGUGGCUGGUGGGCAGCGAGGCGGGCGGCCUGUCCUCCGGUCAUCAUCAUCAUCAUCAUCACGGCGAUCAUCAUCAUCAUCGAGCCGGUGUUAGAAUGGCCGGCCACCUCUACACCGAGGAGAUGCAACAGCAGCAGCAGAACAACAGUCAACAGCCGGGUAGCAUAGCCAUGGCUGCCGGACACAACAAUAGCACUUCGUCUGGUGGUAACAAUGCUGGCAGCGCAGGUUCGGUGAGCGGAACUGCCUCGGGACAGCAGGCCGUCGCUGCAGUUGUUGCCGAUUCCGCCGAGCACGACCUCAUUGAUAACUCCUCCGAUGCCACUCUUCUUGCGCAGUUUCACGAGGACGCAAUCAAGCAGGCUGGAGUUGGAUACUUUCAAGCACUAGCAGCAUUUUAUGUCGGCCUGUGUCUUGCUGCUGAUACAGUAGAGUUUUUUGUUGUACCGUACAUUCUACCAAGUGCAGAAGUUGAACUCUGCAUUGAGGACAGUGAGAAAGGAUGGCUUGGCAACAUAACUUUGAUGGGCCUGGCUCUUGGAGGAAUUUGCUGGGGUGGUUUAGGGGAUCGAUUAGGAAGAAGAAGAUCCUUGCUAUCGGCAAUGGCUGUUCAUGCUCUAUUCAGUGGUGUUGCUACCUUCAUGCCUACAUAUGGAACCUUCAUGACCACUAGAUUUUGCUCUGCAGUGGGAGUCGGAGGCUCGCUGCCGCUAGCGUUCGCCUAUCUGGCCGAAUGCUGUCCGCGCUCAAGCCGUGGCAAGUGGAUCGGAAUGCUGGUUGGAGCGGGUGCUUUAGGUGGAGUCUACGCGGCUUUGCUUGCCUGGGCUGUUGUCCCGACAACCGGUGAAAUGGUCGUCCUCGAAAACAAGGAACACUUUAGCGCCUGGCACCGCUUUCUGCUGUUCUGCUGCCUGCCCGCGUUAUGCGCCACCGUCGGCCUCAUAUUCCUGCCCGAAAGUCCGCGGUACCUCGUCGAGGCUGGCCGUGACGUCGAGGCUAUGAUGGUUUAUCAGAAAAUCUACAAGAAGAACAAUGCACAAAAGAGUGCUGCCGGAGCGCAAUACCAGCUCUCUGAACUAGAGCUUCCGAAUAAAAGGCCACGUGGUUUGGCACCACCUUCUCCGGCUAAUCACAAUACAAGUGUCUUGGCAGACAUCAUGUGUUCUAUUGAAAUGUUUUGGAGUUCUUUCUUGGAGUUGUUUUCCGCUCCUCACUUAAAAGUGACAGUAGUGCUUCUAGUCAUCUGGUCAGCUACAGCAUUUGGAUUAUAUGGACUGAUGGUAUGGUGUCCCGAGUAUCUUAAACUUUUGCGAUCGAUUGAAUACGAAAAUCAUACCAAGAGUUUAGUUGGUGAGGAAUAUGUAGGCCAAACUUUCAGUGGGUCUUUGGAAAAUCUUAAAUAUAAAGAUUCCAAGUUCCAGAAUUGCAAGUUUUCUAAAAUAAUAUUCAGUCAUGUAGACUUUGAUAAUUGCACCUUCCAGUCAGUGGAGUUUAGUAGUAUAAAAUCUAGUAAGACGCACUUUACUGAUAGUAUAAUUGUCGAUUCAAAAUUUAUCGACACCGAUCUCUCUGCACAAGUUUUUACUAGAUGCAAACUAGAAAAUAAUACGGAGCUCAGUUUAAGCGGCCCGUGCCCCACUCUCGAUUUGGAUUACAAUAUCUACAUCGAGGAAGCACUGCACGGUCAUCUUGUGGCCCAACUCUCAUUCGUGCCGGCGGCUGCUUUGGCUGGACUGGCACUUACAGUUCUUCAGCGGCCAAAAAUGAUUGGUGUUUCAUUGUUCCUCUCUUCCAUCGUUUCACUUUGCUUGUUGCUGGUCAGUACAAAUAGCACAGCCGUCCUUGGCUUUGAAGGUGGCUUCAUCGCAAUCUUUGCCAUAGCUUGGACAGCAUUGACUUUGGUAACAGUAGAGUGUUACCCUACUCAUUUAAGAUGUACUGGAUUUGGAUUGAUGGCAGCUUGUAUUCGAAUAUCCGGUCUGAUAGGGACGGCAACCUAUCAGACUCUUGUAGGCGCUCCCUUGGUCGCGCCCGCAUUAUUGACUGCAGCGGCGUUACUAAUAGCCAGUAUAGCCACUCUCGAAUUGCCUCAAACUCAUUCAGUCUUCUUGUAAGCAUCUCGAGAGAAAUAAUACACAGGAACAUUGUGAGAUUCGUAUCCAAAGAAAGUUCGACACGGUGAAUCGUCGAGGCUGAUGAGUUAAGAUACGUACGUAGGUACGUAUCAUUUGUGAUGAAUCUUCGUAACGGUGGUAAAUCCCAAGAGCUUCGGGAGUAGAAAGCAAAUUUUUUCGUGUUCUUUUUUAGAGGACCAAAGUAAGGUAACAAGGAGUAGAACUGCUCAAAACGAUUUAAAUUUACAUCCCUGAUCAAAGAAUACAGUUUGUAGAACUGCAAGUAAAGUAUAAGAUUUUUGUUAAGGAUCCGCGAUUUUAUGUAAUUUGAAAGCAACGUAGACGGUAUCCUUAGCAACAUUUCAUUAUUGUUCGUAUAUUUUAGAUGGUUUUUAAUUGCAUUGUUUUUAAACGAUUUUUUUACUAUGCAAGAGCUCUACUAAGUGCGAGAAUAAAGCGAAAACACAAUUAUCGAGUCGUCGAAAGACUCAUUUCGAAAAACGCACACGCUAUCCUCUACAUUUGAAAGGAACCGCUAAGUGUGUCAAACGAAAGUGUGAGUUUUACUAGAAUCAUCAAGCAACUCAAAAUGUCUCCGUUAAAGAUGGUAGAAAUUGGUAAUCAGUGAAUUUGUCGCUGAAUCAAUAAGAGCGAUGAAUUUCCCUGGCUAGAAAAUACAGUGAUUAAAAAUGUUUAGAUGUGUUUUAUAAAUAAGAAUCGAAUAAUUAUUUUACGAAAUUAGAUUCGUAUUUAUAUCGAAAUUUUAAUGCAUGAAUUGUAUAUAAUUGAAUAUGGUAAUUGUAUAUUUUAUUUGGUGUAAUAAUUAUUGUCUUUUUAAUUGGUUUUGUUUUCAAAUCAGAUGUAAAAAAAUGUAUGUAAUCAGUUGUCACUCGUUAUGAUUUAAUUUUAUAUAAUUUUUCUAACCAGGGAUGUCUAUUUGCAUAAUUAUGAGUCAACUUAUACCUGCGUAAGAAUUGUAUGUUAGGAAUACAAAGCGGUUCGAAAGUUUUUAGUUAAUACUUCUAGUGAAUACUGCAUUUACAUAAGAAGCUUCUAAUCCAAAGCUCAUUUUGAGACAAAAUGAAAAGACUAUUUUAAUACCAUAAUAUUGGAUAAAGAGUGUUUAAAAAUUUUCACGCUGAACAGUAAAAUGUAAUAAUUAAAUGAAGUAACCGACGGUUGCGCCGUAUGAGACGUACGUAGAAGAACAGCUUCUCUCGCACAUGGAUCGAGAACAAACAAGUUCUCACUUACGCGCAUGUUGUCUGUACCGAGAAAACAUCUAAUUAAGUCUAAUAAAAUAUUUCUUUUUUAACUGUCUGCAAAAUAUUCUGUGUCAAUGAAUAUCUUAAAUUUUGUAAACAGUCGACAAACAAAUAUCUGUCAAUAUGUAACAUGUUUUCAUUGGUGUACUCACAUUAUAGAAAGUGCAAGAAUGUUACGAGAUUAUAUAAAAAGAGGUUGUGACCAAUGUUGAUACACUUGUAGUUACAUAAUUUUCUUUGAAUCAACUCUGAAGACCAAUUUCUUGUACUUUGAAACGGUACUUCUAUCUACGUCACCAUUUUUUGCUAAGGGUCUUCGAAAUUUUUACUUUAUAAUAAUGGCGAAAAGAAUCGCACGCUCUAGGUACUUUAUUAAAGAAAAAAAUCUUGUAUUAAAGUGUCAAAUUUUUAAUGUAAAACACUUUCGAGUGGCUCAUAAGCCGCGCAAACUACUUUCAACUUACAUUUUAAAAUAAUCUGUCAAUUCAAGUGAAAAACACGAGGGAAUAUAACGAUGCAAUAACAAGACGAAAAACUAUUAGAUAUGUAUUGUUCUUGAUGUCAACAUCAAUAUUUAAAAAUAAACUUUUCUCGGAAAAGUAUGCGCCUUCGAGUUAACUCAAGCGAAACACAAAUUUCGAUGGAAAUAUCGGACUGAAUUUGUAUCUCAUGAUGAUAUACCUUUUUGCUUUAUACCAAUGAAAUAUAAUCUAUAGACUCUUAGCAUCAGUAAUAUAGACAUUAUGAAUUGCAGGCCAACGAUAGAUAGAAAGCACUUGUUGCAGCAAUAUAAAAGCAAAAAAAAAACGCUGUAUCAAUUUUUGCGAGACAUAUUAUAUUUCAAAGUAACCGUUAUUGAGAUAAAUUCAACUUUUGAGUUUUCUACAGUUUGAAAUCGAUCUCUUAUUAACCAUUUUUCUUGUUUUCUGAUUCUGCAAUGCGUGCAUAGACGGAUAAUACUCGCUCAAUUUUUAUUUCAUCCAUACAUACAUGCGUACUAUACAUACACACAUUUUAGAGGUUGUUGACAUAUAUCGCUUACCAAGUCGUUGAAGAAAUCAUAUACAACAGCUUACAAAAAUAAUCUCAUACUUUGGAGAUUCAUUAUUGAACAUUAUUAAAGUUCCAUGAGAUCUUACUCAGAUUGUUAUGCAAUCAUAGCAAAACUGGUGAGCUCGUGAUAAAACAACCGAAAGAUAAAAGGAAAGGUCGUAUUAGAGGUGAAAUGAUGAAUGAUUCGCAUCUUUGUGCGUAGUAUCGAACAAUUGUAAUAGGCAAUAAGCUAUAUUUAUCCAAGAGCUCUGAAAAAGAUUGACUGUAACAUAUCGGCACUUGUUAGUGAAAAAUCGAAUAAUAUGAUAAACAAACGCUGUUAAUAGGUUCUAAAAACUCUUACGUCCCGUAAUAGUUAGUACAUUUUUCAUAUAGAAAAUUGUUGUGCGUAUACUGAAAUGUAUCCAUAGCUUUGUUUCAUCGAGAGCAAAUUGCAAGCAGGAAUAUUAUGAUUAAAAAUUGUUUUCGCGUAUAAAAUAGGCUUUUUAAUACAGUGGACGUAAAGGAUAACCUUACUUAUUUGACAAAUUGUUAAAGUUAUGAUUUACGUACCCUGAAUCGCAUAACGGAGCUCGAUACACGUGCGGAAGAUGAUUCUCCACUCGUGUGAGAAUAGACUCUUUCGCACUAGUAUCGAAAAUUACUAUUGUAAUAUCAAUCGAAUAAACUUUACUGUAUGGAAGCGUAUUUUUUUACGUAAUCGCAUAAUAUCUCAAUAGAAUGAUAAGGUACUAAGUAAUACUUGUAUAGUUUUCGCGAUAUACCCAGUGAUUGACUUUAUCCAGCUAUUAGGAUCAUAUAGUAACAUGUCUUCGCGAACAUUCCACGUAUUCUUUGCACUGCAACGCGGUUUAACAGACAUAUUUCUCUGUACAUAUAUUGUAAUCGAGUCUGCGCUCUGGAACGAAUUGUUUUAUGUAUACCUGCAGACUUCGUAAACUAAAUGUACUGUGCUGCAAUGAAUACCAAUAUGUAUAAGCUUAAUUGUUUCUAAAAGAAUUCCGGUUGCAAGAAGUUUCUGCUUUCAAUUUGCUCUUGACUUCUAAUAUCAGUUGUUUGCAGCUGGCUUGUGCUUGCUUAGUUUAUUCUAUCUAGUAGCCUCAUAAAUUGCCUAAGAAUUAAAUUUUUGAUCCGAUUGUUCAGUGAUACUUUGAGUUUUGUUAUAUGAUCCAGUUUUAACAUACAACGAUAGAAAUAAUUAAGAGAGUAGUCAGUAAUUUAGCGUAAAAUUGCAUAUUUUCUAAAAUAAUUUAAAAUUUUCAUGUAAUAGAUAUUGCAGUCUCUGUUCAUUUUAUUUAUUUCAAUAAGUGACAAGGAUAAGACGCAAACGAGUUUAUGAUUGUUAUUAAAUUAGUCAAGGCGUUAUUACAUAUCGUAUAAAGAGAAUUGUUAUAGACGAGAGUACAAUCCAUAUUUUAGAGAAAGGUGGUAUUGAUAAUGAUUGGUAACUUGGCUUGUUUGCUAUGAAUCAGUUUCCGUCAUUGAACAAGUAUUAAAAAAAAAGAUAUAUCAAUAACUGUUUGACACGAUUAGUCCAAAAGUAAUAUUCCUCAGGCACACAAAUUCAGUAAAAAAAUUUCAAAAGAUUUUGUACUUAAUCAAGAGGCUGUCGAUAAAUCGACAUUGUUCGGCUGGCACAAGCAGCUGGGUAAAUCUAGGAGUUUCUUAUUAUUAUUCUAACAUCGUAUACAUAUACAUCAUCAUUUAUAGUGAUUAUUUUAUUGGACAUAUCAUAUACAUACUUACUCGCGAGCGCUGUAGCUCGAUUAGAUUAACAUUAAUGAUAAAAAAAAAUAGAAAGUGAGAGCGUUUAAACUAUGCUGAGAACGUGCCGGUGAUAAAAUCUUGGAGGUGCGCAUACAUUCGUCGCUGACUCUGAAUUUUCCCUCAUUCAAACAAAGAUGUAUCGUUUGCGUAAAAGUGGCUUAGCCCUCAUAUUUAAUAAUGUUUCGCGAGUCUAAAAAACCUCGAAUUUUAAAUGAAAAUAGCAAAGAAAUUUUUGGUUUGCAUAAGAUUGACACUACUGAGUAUGGCGUGAAUAAACAAAAACUCGAUUCACAACAGCGAAAUAGGGUACUUAUGGUCGCGUAAAUAAAUAACAAGUGGUCUGUAUUAUAAAAAUAUUAUUUAUAAGACAAAGCUUUGUGAUAUUACAAACAUGUCGAAAAAAGAAAAACUAUUUAUCAACGUCUUUUUUACAAUCACGAUCAGUAAUUUAUUGUAAAAUUACAAAUUUUGUAAAUAAUUUUCAUAACAACACACAUAUCUUUUGUAAACUUUGCGUUGAAUCAAAAGCUUCGUUAUCUGUAAAAAAAGGCAAUGGAACAUUUUUUGUAAAAUACAAAUAAGCUGUGUGCAAUUGGCGCUAACCAAAUCGCUGUUUACAACAUUUGAACCACUGUAGAAAAAAAAAAAACGAAUUAAGACGAUUCCCAUUUGAAGAACAAAUUUAGAGAGCUAUGCCGAACGUCUCAGUAACCGCAUAGAGAUUAUUAUAAUGGCUUUUUCUGUAUAAAAA